GACUAGUGAGAGAUGCAAAAUAAACAUGGCUGCCUGAGUGAGGAAUGCUUCUCGUGAGCAGACCCCGUCCGUAAACAUUUUACUAAACGAGUAUCUGCUGGGACUGUAUACGUGUGGUAGUAAGCCGAACCUCGUCCUUUUGUCAGUGUUAUUGAAUAACAUCGUUUGUUUAUGUAGUGGACGAAAAUUAGGGCGUCCGCCCGAAGCGUUAGCUUGAUUAGCAGCGGAGCUAACUAGCUAAACUAAUUUUGUAGGUUACAUUGUUUUGACUUUGCGUUUUCAAGGCCGAGGUUGACACUUUCUGCUCCUUCUUUGAAACAUACAUAGUUUGGUGUUGGAUAAAUCCGUAAAGUGUAUUAUUGCGGGUGGUGCCCGUCAGCCUCAGUGCCUGCACUUUUAAAUCCCUUUGUUAAAGGGAAACGAGGCCGUUUGUCUGGGCACAAAGAGGCAUUAUUUUGUAUUUUCUAUUAAGACUAUAAUUACAACAUGGAGUCAAAACGCUUACAUGAGAGAUACGAAAGGAGCGACAGCGGCAGUGACUCGAGCUGCGGCAGCCCUACGCCCUCCUCCAGCCCCGCUCCCGCCGUCAGCCCGACUCCAGCCUCCGGCACCGGGGCCAAUGUGUUCGCAAACGACGGCAGUUUUAUGGAGAUGUUCAAAAAGAAGAUGGAAGAGGAGAAGCGAAAAAAAGAAGCGCAACCAAGUGGAGUCGGGACAAGUACCGAACAGGCGCCAGAGGAAAAGAAGCCACCGGCUGUGACCACUUUUGUGGGGAAGCGCAGAGGCGGUGUGUUCCUUAAAACCGGCGUGGUUGCAAAGAAGCAGAAACAGGACUCAGAAACGGAGCCAGGCAAGAGCGAUGCUUGGUCAAAGUACAUGGCUGAGGUGAAAAAGUACAAAGCGCACCAGUGUGGUGAUGACGACAAGACACGACCUCUUGUAAAGUGAACCUCCGCUGGAGAUGUGUAUGUCUGGGCCUUCGGUACAAUCCGUACAACUACACUUCACAUUGUUUUUGUAAACUGCUUAGAUCAGACUUUUUUUGUAUGAUUUUUGUCCAGUAGAUGAGGUAACCCUGGUUGACAUCAGGGGGAAAUUUGUCUUGGAACUAUAUUUGCCUAUUCCUUUGUGUCAAAGAUGUUGAUCUGUUGUGUUGAAGUGUCUGGGUUAUUUUUGUCUGAUUUACCACUCAUUUAAAUUAAACCCUCACUGCCUUUGUUUUA